AUGAGGUACUCAGCUUCUGUCCUGGCUGCGCUUGCAGUCACUGUGCAGGCAGCAAAGGACUCCAGAACUUUUGCCGUCCUGCGAUUCUAUGGAGAUGGGCCCCUGCUGCAAGACCGUGUUGAUCCUAUCGUGUCACCCGGCCAGGCUUCCGCCCAUAUGCACACUCUCAUGGGGGGGAGUAACAUAGGCAUCUCGGCCACCGGCGAGACGAUGAUGGAGUCGAAUUGCAGCAACGCUCUCAUCGUGGGAGAUUUCAGCGGGUACUGGGUGCCUUCGUUGUACUUCCACGACAAGGCAGCCGGCACCGUGGAGCCGGUCGACAUGUUCUACAUGAAUGUGUAUUACUUCUUCGAGCCCACCGAUGACGAGAUCAAGGCCUUCCCUGUUGGUCUGCAGAUGGUCGCAGGGGACGCCUCCCUCCGCACUUGCCCAGACUUUGGCGGAGAGCUUCAGCUGGACGGCUCCAGUGCUGCCCAGCCAGUCCAGUUCACCUGUCCCCGUUCAGACUACAACAUCCCCGGCUGGCCCUCGGCCUCCGAGUCCGACGGCAGCAAGGCUGGAAUCCAGGACCCCAACAACCAGGGCGCCGGCCAGGGCUUCCCCUUCGCCGAGUGCGACGGCUAUGCCUCCCCACUGCGCCAGGAUGUGCACUUGCCGUCAUGCUACGACCCUUCAAAGGGCCUGACCGACUUCAAGAACAACAUGGUCUACCCAACCACCAACAAGGCAACGGGCAAGCAGAACUGCCCCGAGGGCUUUAUCCACACGCCGCACCUCUUCUAUGAGAUGUACUGGAACACGCCUACAUUCAAGGACAGGUGGACGCCCGGUCAGGGGUACCAGCCCUUUGUACUUGCCAACGGCGACCUCACGGGGUGCUCCUCCCACGCGGACUUCCUGGCGGCCUGGGAGCCCGAUGUGCUGCAGCAUAUCAUUGACACCUGCAACGCUGGUGAUGAUGGUAUGGACAAGUGUGGGGGUGUCACCGUCAGGGACAGGACUACGACCUGCGAUGCUGCUGUGCCGGCCCAGAACAAGAUCGCCGGCACCUCGAACGCCCUACCGGGGAACAACCCUCUGGCCGGGUGGGGAGUAGGCAGUUCGGCAAGCGUGCCGUCGACUGGAUCUGGAUCUGGAUCUGGAUCUGGAUCUGGAUCGGCCACUGGCACUGGCUCUGACACUGGCUCCGACACUGGCUCCGACACUGGGUCUUCUGGCGGUAGCGACAGCGCCGCCAGCAGUGCUGAGCAACCCGUCGCCUCCUCUUCUUCAUCAUCUCCCAUCGUCCUCGCAACCGGCAACACCGGGAACGAGGAAGUCGCGGCCACGCCCAAGGAGAACAGCCCACCGGCGGCACAGGUCACUCCCGCUCCGGACUCCGCUCCCCCAGCCGCCAACGCCGCCGCGAACCCACCGGCCGUCUCGUCCGCCAUUGUCAACCUUCCAAACGGAGAUUGUUCGACCGUCUGGGAGACGCUCUGGAUCACGACCACCUCGACGGUGUACGAGGGACAGGAGACGGACACGCCGUCCGCACGCAAGAGGGAUGUGGGGCACGCUCACGCACAUGCCCAUGCUCACGAGCACCUGCUUAGGCAGCGCUCGCCACACGCCAGGCGGGUCAGACGGUAG